UAUCAAGCUAUGAGGGACAUAGAUGGGAAGGAACUUUUCUGUUUCAGAAGUUUUUAAGAUGAGUAAGUGUGGAUCUGAGGAAGGUUUUUCACCAAGAGGAGAAGAUCAAAAUCAGGUUUAUUGUCACUGACAUGUGUUUGGAAUCUGUUAACUUAGCAGCGGCAGUUCAAUACAUAAUACAGAAGAUAAAUAAAUAAGCAAACCAAUUACAGUAUAUGAAUCAUGCAAAAACAGAAAUAAUAUAUAUUUAAAAAGUGAAGUAGUGUUCAAGGGUUCAAUGUCCAUUUAGUAAUUGGAUGGCAGAGGGGAAAAAGCUGUUCCUGAAUCGCUGAGUGUGUGACUUCAAGCUUCUGUACCUCCUACCUGGUGGUAACAGUGAUAAAAGGGUAUGCCUUGGGUGCUGGAGGUCCUUAAUAAUGGAUGUUGUCUUUCUGAGACACUGCUGCUUGAAGGUGUCCUGCACACUUUGUAGGCUAGUACCCAAGAUAGAGCCGACUAAAUUUACAACCCUCUACAGCUUCUUUUGGUCCUGUGCAGUAGCACCCCCCCCCACCCCCAUACCAGACAGUGAUGCAGCCUGUCAGAAUGCUCUCCAUGGUACAUUUAUAGAUGUUUUUGAGUGUAUUUGUUAACAUACCAAAUCUCUUCAAACUCCUAUUGAUGUAUAGUCACUGACUUGCCUUCUUUAUAACUGCAUCGAUAUGUUGGGACUAGGUUAGGUUCUCAGAUAUCUAGAUGCCCAGGAACUUGAAACUGCUCACUCUCUCCACUUCUGAUCCCUCUAUGAGGAUUCAUGUGUGUUCUUUCGUCUUGCUCUUUUGGAAGUCCACAAUCAUCUCUUUAGUCUUACUGACGUUGAGUGCCAGGUUGUUGCUGCAGCACCAUUCCACUAGUUGGCAUAUUUCGCUCUUGUACACCCUCUUGUCCCCAUUUGAGAUUCUACCAACAAUGGUUGUAUCAUCAGCAAAUUUAUAGAUGGUAGUUGAGCUAUGCCUAGCCACACAGUCAUGGAUAUAUAGAGAAUAGAGCAGUAGGCUAGCACACACCCCUGAGGUGCACCAGUGUUGAUCAUCAGCAAGGAGGAGAUGUUAUCACCAAUCUGCACAGAUUGAGGAUCCAAUUACAGAGCGAGGUUACAGAGGCCCAGGUUCUACAACUUCUCAAUCAGGAUUGUGGGAAUGUUGGAAUUAAAUGCUGAGCUAUAGUCAGUGAACAGCAUCUUGACAUAGGUGUUUGUGUUGUUCAGGCGGUCUAAAGCCAUGUGAAGAGUCAUUUAGAUUGCAUCUGCCAUUGACCUAUUGUGGCAAUAGGCAAAUUGCAAUGGAUCCAGUCUAGUCAUGAUCAACUUCUCAAAACAUUUGAUCACUGUAUAUGUCAGUGUUAUUUGGUGAUAAGUCAUUAAGGCAGCUCACAUUAUUCUUCUUGGGAACUGGUUGCCUUUUUGGUGCAAGAGGGAACUUCCGCCCAUAGCAGUGAGAAGUUGAAAAUGUCCUUGAAUACUCCCACCAGCUGGUUGGCACAGGUUUUCGGAGCCUUACCAGGUACUCCAUUGGGACCUUCUGCCUUGUGAGGGUUCACUCUCUUUAAAGACAGUCUAACGUCGGCCUCUGAGACAGAGAUCACAGGGUCAUCAGGUGCAGACUUGAAUACCACAAAUCUAGCCUUCAGCAGAUGACGUAUCAUCUGGUUCAUCCACAGCUUUUGGUUUGGGAAUGUAUGGUAAGUCUUUGUAGGCACACAUUCAUCCACACAGGUUUUCAUGAAGGCAUUCUCAUCCAGGUUCGAAGAUGAAUCCCUGAAUACAGUCCAGUACACCGAUUCAAAGCAGUCCUGUAGGCGCUUCUGUGCUUCCCUUGUCUAUACCUUCUUGGUCCUAACUACUGGUGCUGCAGUCUUCAGUCUUUGCCUAUACUCAGGGAGCAAAAGUAAAGCCAGGUGAUCAGACUUCUUGAAGUGAGGGCAUGGAAUAGCAUGGUAGGCAUUCUUGAUGGUGGUGUAAGAAUGGUCCAAUGUUGUUUCCUCUAGUAUUGAUGGUAAUUGCUUAGUGAUUUUAUUCUUUCAGACCAGCCUGGUUAAAAUCAAAACAAUGGUGAAAGCUUUAGGGAGCUCUGUUUCGUGCAUGUUGAUCCCAUUGCUCAGAUCAUCUAGAGCCUGAUUGACAUUGACCUCAGGUGGAAUGUUUACUGCUACCAAAAUGAUACCGGAAAUCUCUCGAGAAGACAUGGCUUAUUGCAACUAUUCCUUACUUACCUCUGUUGCCAGAUCAAGAGGACGACACUGUCUAAUGCACUGCACUUUGUACCCGUCUAUGGUGGUCCUGCGUGUCCGUGCUUUACAUUCAAAUAGAUUAUAUCCCAGAGUUCAAGAACUUGGGAGGACUCAUCUCCUCCACUGCAAUCUACCUCACAGAUGUACCUCUGUCGUACCUAUCUGCAACUUCCACCUGUCGGGUCAAUGGCUUGAAGAAUGUAAAAGAUCAUCCCAUAAGCAUAUUAACAAACCAAGUUUUGAAAGACCAGGUUCACUUUCGCAAACAACUGAAAAGGAUGUGGUGAAAAAAUCCUGGAAACACAAAGUCAUAAAUGACCUGAAACAUUACUACAAUGGAUUCAGAUUACUUUGGAUUGACAUAAAGAUAGCGACAAGGAUACUGUCAAGAUUACUGUAUGGAUUCCAGAUCAGCCGUAGAGAGAGGCGAAGGCUUCUGCGUACCUCUGUUGACCUCUUCCGUCUAGUUCCUUUCAUAAUCUUCCUGGUUGUGCCAUUUAUGGAGUUUUUGCUGCCUGUCUUCUUAAAGUUGUUUCCUGAAAUGUUGCCGUCUACAUUUGAGACAAAAUUGAGUCAGGAAAAAAAGCAGAAGAAGACCAUGGCAGCAAAACUUGAAAUUGCAAAAUUUCUCCAGGAAACCAUCAUAGAAAUGGCCAAAAGAAAUAAAACAAAAAGUGGAGCAGCUACUGAACAGUUUUCUUCCUACGUGCAGAAGGUGCGUCAUUCAGGGGAACAUCCAAGUACAAAGGACAUAGUGCGUUUCUCCAAACUCUUUGAAGCUGAAUUGACCCUGGAGCAUCUCAGCCGUCCUCAACUGGUAGCACUGUGUAGGCUUUUGGAAUUACAGCCCAUUGGUACAAACAACUUGCUUCGUUUCCAGCUGCAGAUGGAGUUAAGAUCCAUAAAAGCAGAUGAUGAAAUGAUUGCCAAAGAAGGUUGUGAAGUUUUGACUGUGUCAGAACUACAGACAGCAUGUAGAGCAAGGGGUAUGAGAUCAUUGGGAUUGACAGAAAAGCAACUGAGGGAACAGCUCAUUCAGUGGCUUGAGUUGCAUCUGAAGGAGAAUGUGCCUCCAUCACUGCUGUUGUUGUCUCGUGCUAUGUAUCUGACUGAGGCCAAGCCAAAAUUUAAUGUGCACCAAGUGCCAAUAAUCCAGCUGGGAAUUACUAGUUCACUGAAAAAAGAGCCACCAACGAAAGAGAUUACUGAAGGACAAACUUUACCAAGCUCUGACAGAUCUGACCUGCCCCUGACAUUGAAAGACACCAAGGGUCAAGAGAUUAAAGAAUCCCAGAAAACCAAGGCCACUGUGAAUGGAUCAUGAUGAAUGUAGUUACUUGGCGAUGCAAGGAUUUCACACCAUGGGGAAACUGUUAAAGGGACUCUAUUUCUAGUUGGGCAAUAACACUAAUGAUCAAGAAAGAGGGAUGGAAAUAUCUCCAUGGCUGGCUCUCCUGUUUAAAAUGGGAUAUCACUCACAAAACCUCAGUGUGAAAGCUGCAGCUGAACAGAAUCCAGCUCCGUUCAAUAUGAAAAAUGGCAAAGUAAUCAUGAAUAAUAAUGUGUCUGUAAAGUAACGAUUUGUCUCAUAGGCAAUGGCACAGGUAAAAUAAUCCCACUGUGCUUACCUACACAAUGUUCACGGUGCAAUGUAAAAACAUUACCUCUAGAACAUCUCAUGAAUUUACGAACAAGAACAAUUAGUGGGGGGAUACAAUCCAUGUCACAAUUUACAGUGUGAUUUUUAAAAAUGUAAUCAUUUUAUGACAUAUAACCUAACAUAUUUAUAUUCUUCUAAAAUGCUGGUGGAACACAGCAGGCCAGGCAGCAUCUAU